UUGCGCGCGUGGGUCCCCCUUCUCGCCUUCCUUCUUCUCCAUUACCAUUUCCUCGACACUUUCUCUCUCCUCUCUUACUUUUCUCUGUAUAUCCUGUAAAUUUCGAACUCAUUUCUUCGCCAACUUCUCGUUAUGAUCUUCGUCUCCAAUUCUCUCUCUUUUGACUUUGUUUGACUCCAUUUUUAGGGUUUUCUUUAUUCUCCCCCUGUCCCAUCUCUUCUUAAGAAGAAGUAUUAUUCUUUUUUCUCUUUAAUAAUUCAAAUUUCUCCUUUUUCUGUCUCCUCUAAUUAUUAAAAGUCGUCUACUUUUUAUCAAUAAAGGUUUUUGAUUUUGAUUUUGAUUUUGAUUCAUCCUCUUAAAAAUCCACCUUAUGCUCUGAUUGGUCGAUUUCUAGGGUUUUUCUAGGGUUUUGUUGUUGUUGUUCUUCUUCUUAUAUACUGCUGUCUUCCUUCAUUUUUCAACCUUUAAUUUCUCUCUUUUUUUUAAUUUUAAUUAAAAAAACUGUAUUAUUUGGGUGAAAGUUCUCUAAAUUGGGUUUGUUCUGGUGAUCAAUCAAUUGAAUUGAUGGCGUAUCAGCCGAGUCCGGGUCGACCCGGAUCGGGAUCUAGCUCGGGUUCGGGGUUUCCGUAUUUGAAUUCGCCGUUCGGAGACACCACCUAUACCAAGGUGUUUGUUGGAGGUCUGGCUUGGGAGACUCAAAGCGAGACGAUGCGGCGGUAUUUCGAGCAUUUUGGUGAGAUUCUUGAGGCUGUUGUUAUCACUGAUAAGAAUACUGGUCGCUCCAAGGGCUAUGGUUUUGUGACUUUUCGGGAUCCUGAAUCUGCAAGGAGAGCUUGUGCUGAUCCAACACCAAUAAUUGAUGGACGGCGUGCUAAUUGUAAUUUAGCUUCACUCGGACGACCUCGGCCUGCUCUUUCGUUUGGACGUUUGAGGUCGCCUAGCCCCUAUAUUGGAAAUCCACGUGCUUCAAUGGGAGGUGUUGGCUAUCAGCAGCCCGUUCCGUACAACUACCAACAAGGAUAUGUAUACUCUAUGUAUGGGUUUCAGCCAUAUGGGCCUGAAUAUCCAUACACACAGGGGCUUUACAACCCUUACAUGGGUCAGCAGUACCUUCAGCUGUAUGGAGUUCCUGGAACACCAGGUGGACCCAUGUAUCCUUAUGGACAACUGGGCCAGUCAGUUCAAGGAGGUGGUUAUACACCAAUACAGAAUUAUCCAAUGCCAAGCCACCAGAUUGUGCAACUUGGUGGUCCUGGUGUUAACGCUAUGACAACGGCUUCUAUUCCCAGCAUUCAGUCACCGUAUCAUCCAGGCAAUUUUCUCCCCGUUAAAAGUGUAGUUUCCCCAGUUCCUGGACAACCUCAAUUUAUGAUCCACGGACAUUCUCCUCAGUUCAUUCAAGGUGGCAGCUCUGACCAAGCAACUGGGUGAGAAGACUGAUUCAGGCGAGAAUUGUGGUCAAUUAUUCAUGCUUGGCAGUUAUCCUUAGUUUGCAGUGGGACCAAGGCAACAGUUCUGCUACUUGAGUGGCGGGCUUCAAAUUUAGCCUUGCAAUUUAUCAUUUUGCAUUCUAGAGGUAAAACAUAGUCUUGGUCAUCAGAGAAGUCAAGUUUCUAAUUCGCUCUACAGCGGAGAGGAAUUAUGGAAGACAACGGUUUGUUCUUCCUGUAUCAUUCAUUGAUGCAUCUUAAAACCUUACAUUGUGGUCAGUGCUAUCCUCAACAAGAACAAGCUGCCCACAUAAUGCAUUUAAGUUGCUGGAAAAGGUAUCCAGUGGCCGUGUAAAAAUAAAAAAGUAUCAUGUACAAAAAGUACGAAUCCAUCUUAGAAUCAACAUAUGAUUCUUGUGUAGUAUUAUAGUCUAGUCGCUCCCGGCCAAUCAAUCUGGGUUGUAUAGAAUAUCUCUGAUGGUCAGUUCAUUUACAGGCAUGCAUGCAUCUAGUGUCAUCUGUAGGUAUCAUCCACGUCCUGUGCAUAUACUCUAGCUUCUAGCCAUUUCAUUUUCGGUAUAACAUCUGUCACAUAGUAUGUAUACAUGAAUGUAUAAUGUUGGUAGCCCGAUUUCAAAAUAUGAAAGACGGUGAAGACCAUUUUCAAUAGUCUCAAUUUAAGUAGCAGCUUUGUAUCUAAAUGUGCAAUUUGGCCAUUAGGUUCAAUUUAGAAAUUGUACAAGUGUAUUUCGGUCUUCUUUAAA